AUGGUCGAAAUCCCGGUCGAUAUGCUCGAGCCGAUCCCGGACGCCUACGAUGGCGAUGUUUUUUUGUAUCUGGUCGACACGGUGACCAACCGGGUCAUCGUGGGCGACCCGUACCCACUGCGCGUCCCGCAUGGGUCGCGGCCCCGAGAAAUCUGCCACAACGCGAUCAACUGCGUCAUGUCCUGCUGCCUCCCGCUGGUGGCCAUCGGUGCCGGGGUAGUGUCCUUGCUCGGACUUGCACCGACCGCACCGUCCGCCGUCCGUAAUACCAAGUUUCUCGCCGAGCACGUCGUCAGCUGGAUCUUGCCGGUGCCGUCGGCCCAAGAUGCCCGCAAGGGCUUGCGAAUCCAAGACAUCAUCAAGCUCGGCGAUCCCGAUCACAAAUACGGCGGCAGCACGACCGUCCUCCGCGGCACUGCGGAUAGCAUUGCAACCUACACGCGCGAGAUGGCGGUGAAGGCCGGCGACUCUGUCCGCAUGGCGUAA